AUGAAUGUUGAUCUGUUGAAGCCUGGAACAAAAAAUGAACUCUAUGCGGCUAUUGCGUCCAUGGGGGCUUAUAGGGCCCUGGGGUUGGAUGGUCUAACCCCCCUUUUUUAUCAAUCGAAUUUGAAUGCUCUAAAAACUGAUGUUGUUGAAGGUUUUAAUUCCUUUCUCUCGAGAGGUCAUCUGUUGAAGUCAUUGAAUCAAACCAACUUGGUUCUUAUCCCAAAAAUGAAGAGGCUAACUAAAGUUUCCCAGUUUUGUCCAAUCGCUCUAUGCAAUAUGAUUUACAAAAAUUUUUCAAAGGUCAUUGCCAAUAGAUUGAAAGUGUUUCUCCUUAAACUCAUCAGCGAAAAUCAAUCAGCUUUUGUUCAUCAUCGAAUGAUUCAAGAUAAUGUCAUUCUUGCUCAUGUGCUUAUUCAUGUUAUGACGACAGAAAAGAGGAAAGAAAAACAUCUUGCUUUGAAGCUUGACAUGGCGAAAACAUAUGAUCGGGUGGAAUGGAAAUUUCAAGAGACAAUGUUAUGA